AGUUACAAGGCUACAAUACAAAGUCCUAGAAAUAGAAACAAAGAAGGAAAAACUUUCUCAAUGAGAUAACAUUAUAUAUAUAUAAACAAUAUGAGUUUCAGCGAUUUAAGUCAAAUAUCAGAUAUCCAUAGUUUAUCACGGAUUUCCCGUGUGAAUUGUAGUCAAAUAAUGGGCAGAAUGGAUUCACUGCAAAAUUUAUCAGAACAACAAUGUAGCAUAACAUAUAAUGCAAGUAGGAAUACCACGAACCUGAAUCAAGGGACUACUCUUCUCCAGAAGUCUACAAAACGUUUGACCUUGUGUGAGGAAAGCAUAGGGGAUCAUAUAAAGAACAAAAUAAUAUUACAAUCCAUAAAAGAAGCAUCAAACAACACAAAAUUAACAUUAUCUGCAGAUGUUAUCACCAAAUUGAAAGGGUUACUUUCAAUUCAUGAAGUUAACAAAUACAUGCAUUUGCCAUCUAUAUCCAAGAAAAUACUAGAGAAGUUAACAGUCUUGGGAAUUACUGAUCUACCAGAAUAUGAUCUCACUCACAAAGAAAAGUUAGAUAUUAAAUGUUAUGUGGAAGCAUUGUUAAGAGAGAAAAUACUUGACUUUAUUUUAAGGUAUAAAAGCUUGGGAGGAAAUAUGAAAGAAGUACUUGGGUCAAAUAAUUGUAAUAUACGUAAAAAAUUAUUUGAACUUCAUGAAAUACAAAUGUUGCAGUGGAAAGAUAAGAUGAAUGAACUGUGUGAUCAGUUAAGAGCUGAUGUGAUCAAAUUGUCCACUCUAUUGAACAAAUGGAAAACUAAAUCUAAAGAAUUUAAUCGGAUUAAUUUAGAAAAAGUAGAGUAUAUGUUACUGCAAUUUGAAGUUGCACAAGAGCAAGCAAAAAUUAUAAAGCUAACAUGUAUCACUAGAAUGUUCAAAGAAACUCCAGUGACAAUUGAUGCCUACAAAACACUGAAUGAAAUCAUAGAUGAAAAGUUGUUUGCAACAAUGAAUGAAAUCAAAGAAAAAGAGAAUUUAAAGAAAGAGUAUGAAAGUUUGCAAAAUACAGAAUACAGCAGUAUCUUAAACACUUACUUAGAGUUUUGCAAAGCUGUUAGAAAAAAGAGACAAAUAUUAGAAAAACUUUAA